AUGCCAAUCGAAGCCAUUGCUUCCACAAAUGUUAUUUUGGAAGCACAGUGCAAAGCGGCAACAAUACUGUACUCGACGGACUCUGGCAAGAUAAUAGAAAUAUAUCCCGAAAUUGUUGUCGAGUCAUUGAAUGAUCCACUACUGAAGAUAUAUGACGUGAAGAAAUAUAAUAUUGUCACACCGUAUGUUAUUUUGCCCGGUCUUGUAGACUCUCAUGUCCAUUUAAAUGAGCCAGGUCGGACUGAUUGGGAAGGGUUUGCAACGGGAACACAAGCUGCCUGUUGUGGUGGCGUUACUACGGUUGUAGAUAUGCCGUUGAAUGCCAUACCUCCCACGACAACACUUGCUAACUUCAACGCCAAAUUAAAUGCUGCGAAAGAUCAAUUGUGGUGUGAUGUAGCAUUUUGGGGAGGUAUGGUUCCAGACAAUCUUGAGGAUCUGGUUCCAUUGGUAAAAGCAGGAGUACGUGGUUUCAAAGGUUUUCUGAUUGACAGUGGGGUUGAUGAAUUUCCCAUGGUUGAACAACAUUACAUAGAAAAAGCUAUGAAUACAUUAGCCAAUCAUAAAACCAUGAUGAUGUUUCAUGCUGAAUUGCAAGUGGACAAGCACCAACAUACAAUUGUAGAUGGCCGCCAUAUAGGAUUAGAAAAAAUGAAUCAUAACGAAGAUGCUUUGACCCCAGAGCAAAGAGAAUCGUUGGCUUUAUCGCACGUUCUGUCACCUGCCGAACCCAGAAGUGGUAAGCCAUCCCACAUUGUACACCAUGAUGACGCUAUUGUUCCUGCGUUGGAGGCUGCUGCUAAGAUCGACGAUGGACUAUCAAAAAUCGACCCUUGUAAGUAUUCUUCAUUUCUGAUUUCAAGACCAGAUGCUUUUGAAACCGAUGCCAUAUCUUUGCUGAUAAAAUGCCUGAAAAACUGUAUGAAUUCAAAUAACGGGAAAGCACCACCUCUGCAUAUCGUACAUCUAGCAUCUGUGGAAGCCCUGCCAUUGAUUCGCUCUGCACAUCGCGAUGGAUUGCCCAUAACUGCUGAGACGUGUUUUCACUAUCUAUGUUUGGCGGCAGAAAACAUCCCCACGAAGGCUACCUAUUUCAAAUGCUGUCCCCCCAUCAGGACUGAAGCUAAUCGAGUAGGUCUGUGGCGUGCGCUAAACGAAGGACUAAUAACAUCGAUUGUUAGUGAUCAUUCUCCAUGCACUCCAGAAUUGAAGCAAUUGGCAGAGGGUGAUUUCUUCAGCGCUUGGGGCGGAAUAGCCUCUGUCGGCUUAGGAUUGGCUCUUCUUCACACCAAGGCAAGUACAAUAAGACCUCGAGCUUCGUUGAUCGACAUUGUUAAGUGGUGUUGUGAGAAUACAGCAAUACAAGUCGGUUUGCAGCACCGUAAAGGUUUUAUUCGUGUAGGGCACGAUGCCGAUUUCGUUGUCUUUGAUCCAGAGAGAGAACAGUUGAUAACUGAUAAAAGGGUUUUCUUCAAGAACAAGAUAACAGCCUAUAAUGGGUUUACUGCAAAAGGUGUUGUGUUGAGUACUCACUUGCGUGGAAUGAAGAUUUAUGAUAGCGAAAAUGGAUUCUCUCAAGCCCCAGUCGGCCAAACCCUUCUGGAAGCAAGAUUUUAA